UUCAUAACCUCAUACUUAAAGUGAAGUUGUGUGUUGUGUUUAUGUUUUGAUAGCAUUUGGACAUUCUUUUGCAAUAAUGUUUCCAGCAAUGUUGCAAUUUCUCCUUCUGGAGGAAAUGUAUCAGGAAGAACUCUCCAAUCAAAGGAGUCAGAAACGCAGAAAAAUUCGCAAACAAACUGCAAUGGAACUUCCUGACAGCCAGUUCAUCAAGAAGUAUGGAAUUACCAAAGGGAUGUUCAGUGAGAUCAUGAACAUGAUUGAGGAUGAUAUUCCAAUGCCCAGCAGAGUCUCUUCCUACUCUAAGGCGACACAAGUUCUUUCAGUGUUAAAGUGGCUGGCGAGUGGUGAAUUGCAGAGUGAAGUAACUAAGGAUGUUACAGUCGCAGGAAGUCAGAGUAGUAUCUCGAAGAUCAUUAAUAGAAUUCUUCCUAUUCUGGAGAGAAAGAUCUGUCCUGCUUUCGUCCUUUGGCCAAAGUCAAAAGACAAAAGAAAAAGGAUAAGGAAUGGAUUCCUGGAGAAAUGGAGCAGUCCUUUAACUAUUGGCAUCAUUGCCUGUACACACGUUGAGAUCGGAAAGCCUGACAAUGCACACUUGCAUAUGAAUCAGUACGAUAAAUACAGUAUGAAUGUCUCUCUAAUUUGCGACGAUGAAGGUAAGUUUAUGGCAGUAGAUGCAACGCAUCCAGGAGCUACACACAAUUCCGAAAUUUGGAGUAUUUCGGAAGAGAGGCAAUUUAUGGAGGACUUGUACGACGAUGGCGGGGAGAAGUGUUGGCUGUUGGGCGAUAAAGCCUAUCCUUUGGAACCAUGGCUUAUCAGUCCCUACAGAACGUACUCUCAAGAGGACAUAGAAUUCAACAAGAAAUUCACAUCAAUCAGAUCUGUAAUGACGCGAAACAUUGGGAUUCUAAAGAGUCGCUGGAAGGUCCUCUCUAAUAUCCUGAACUAUAGUCCUGAGAAGAUUAUUCGCAUAGUCAACGUAUGCGUAGCUCUUCAUAACAUGUGCAAAAUGCACAAUCUUCCGGAUUUUGAAAUCGAUCCUAAAUUGCCGGAAGAGGAGAGUGUGGAGUUUGAUGAAGUCGAUACGGUUCACGAGGAUGCUGAGAGUCUCCGAGAGGAAGGUGCAGUAAACAGGGAAUACAUCAAGAAAAUGAUAAUGAUUUAAAUUAUUCAUGAGAUAAUAAAAUAACAAAAAAUGAAUAAAGGUAUUCUCUGAAAUUUGA